CUUUUUUUAAAAAUAAAAUAAAAACCAACUCUUCAUCUUCUCUGCUUUUUAUCCGCUUCAAUUCUGGCCUCAAAUAUCCCAUUGAGCUUCAUCUCUCUCUGAAUCGAAGCUCUGAAGCUGUCGAUAAUGGCGGCAACGAACACACCCAUCUAUGCAUCUUCCUUGCAAACUUCUCUCGCCAUAAGAACCCAACGCAGAGGAGAAUCAUGCCCACAAUCUACCCGAUAUCAGGGUUCUAGUUUCUUCGGUUCGUCGUUACCGCGAGGCAUUUUGAAGAAGAAGGAUGUCGGAAUUAGGACGGUCGGGAAGGUGAUUGCUGCUGUGGCUGUUGAAGCAUCUCCAACAGAGGAAAUGAAAGAGAUUAAACUUCCAUCUUGGGCUUUGUUUGAGCUCGGACGGGCGCCGGUGUACUGGAAAACUGUGAAUGGUCUACCUCCGACUUCAGGUGAGAAGCUCAAGCUGUUCUAUAAUCCAGCUGCGACCAAGCUGGUUCCAAAUGAUGAUUUUGGGAUUGCUUUUAAUGGAGGCUUCAAUCAGCCAAUAAUGUGUGGUGGGGAGCCAAGGGCAAUGCUCAGGAAAGACCGAGGCAAAGCUGAUGGACCGAUAUACACCAUCCAAAUAUGUGUUCCGAAGCACGCUAUAAACUUGAUCUUCUCAUUCACGAACGGGGUCGAUUGGGACGGUCCAUACAGACUGCAGUUUCAAGUUCCCAAGCCUUGGCAAAACAAACCAAUCGACUUUUUCAAUCAGGGUCUAGCCGAAGAGUUGAGCAAAGAAGGUGCGUGUGACAGAGCGAUAUUUCCCGAUACAAACAUUGUUAUAACAAGAUGUGCAAUGAUUGGUAAUCUCAAUGUAGAAGGGGGCGACCGUUGUGAACUCGAUCUUGUACUAGGCUGCACAGAUCCUAGCUCGCAUUUAUUCAACCCAUAUGCCAAUGUAGAUGAUGGAUCUUGUCCAAUCGACACAGAUACUGAGGACUAGUUCGUUUCUCCUGCACCUCAUUAUGGUCGAAUUCGAGUCAUACUGAGGCAUCGUAAAGAUUUUUCUGUAAUAUAAGAAAUCUCAUUAGAGAGCGGUUUCUAUGUUAUUUUAGCCGAGCGUAUCGCUGGCCACCCCCGUCAAGCAGGAAGCAACUUCACAUGGUAGAUGAAAAAACCCUUCCAGCUGUGUAUAGUUUGUAAAAGAAAAAACAUGGAUACAUAAAUUCAAAUUGAUUGUUAUACUGUUAGCGUACAACUA